AUGUCCGUGAUUUACAAAGAAAACACACCGGUAUCUCGCUGUGGUCGACGUUGUGUUGCCGGAGGAUGCUCCAAUACUGCUAUCAAUGGAGUUUCCAUGCAUACUUUUCCUGCAAAGAGACCUGAUAUUCACCGACAAUGGGUUGCUUUUGUGAGAAGAAAACGCAAAGAUUGGGAGCCGACUCGUCACACAGUGUUGUGUAGUGCCCACUUCGAGGAAGAUUGUUUUCCACUAAAAUUCCGGUUAGGACUGUUGGAAUCAAGUGGGAAGACUGUGAAGAGGACACUAGAAGAAGAUGCCGUCCCUACUAUUUUCAAUAGUGCAACGACACCGACCAUGCCGACACCGACCAUGCAGACAUUUCAUGGGAAACGUUCCUCAAGCCCAGAGACUGAGUUGACAACACCGAAGACUGUGAAAAGGCCUAGGUCGGCAUUCGUUAAAAGGGACAUGCAACUUGAUCAGAGCAAUGAAGUCAAGAGCUCAUGCCACAUGGAGAAAGAGGGACUCAUCAGGGCUGUCCAGCAGGUUAAAGAUGAAGACAUUCAGAUUAAGACAAUUGUUACCGACAGACAUGUCCAAAUAAAGAAAUUGUUGCUGGCUGCACUGCACUUCAAUGAGAAUGUGUCGAGAGAACAGGCGUCUCUUCCAAAUGGUGAAAAGAGAUACAGAAUCACAUUCCCCAAACAGGAGAAUGGUGACUACACAGUUCGACAAGUGAGAACAGAGUGCACCUUCAAUUAUGUGGAAGAUUUGAUGAAGGCAACCAAGCAACGGGUGAAACUUUUACAGAUUCAAAAUUGCGAGGUUGUUGGAGAAUCGCCACCACCACUCUGUAUGAACUUUGUUCACCCAGAGAAGUCUGAAGCUGUUUCUGGACUGAUGUCCAGGUUUAGGCAGUAG